UGUUUGGUCAUGUGCACAAGAAGAGGACUUUCUGUUUCUGUUUAAUCUCGGUGACAGUGACCUGAUGAGACCCGAAGAUCAGCCACGAUUUUAACAUUCUGUACGUUGGCAAGAUGACAGAUGAAUGCAUCACAAUAGAGUCAGACGAGGACACUGAUGAACUGCCAGCACCUGAGUUUACAUGCCACUGUUGUUAUGAAGUCCUCGUAGAUCCCACUACGCUCAACUGUGGCCACAGUUUCUGUCGGCAUUGUGUGGCGCAGUGGUUGCAUUCUUCACAACGGAACGAAUGCCCAGAAUGCAGAGAGCGUUGGCAGGGGUUUCCCAAAGUCAACAUUCUCCUCAGGGAUGCAGUGGAGAAGAAGUUUCCAGCUGAGAUAAGCAGACGGAGGAGGGCUGUCCAGAGUGACCCGCAGAUCCAUUAUUUUCUUCAGAUGUUCCAGCAGUAUGGACAGAUGCUGACUCAACAAAUACCUCUGUCAGAAGGCCUACAGCAAGCUAUACAAAACAGCUUUUGUUUUGGAGUUAUGAUGACAUUGAUCUUUGUGGGGGUUUUGUUGUUACGAUAUCACUGGAUCAGUGCUGAUUCUGAUUAUGACAUCUUGGUCCAGAAGCCAAUCAGCAGGUGGAAUGCUGAUGAUGUCAGUCUGUGGGUGAAGCAUCUGGGUCCCUGGACCAAUCAGUACAGUGAAAUGUUCCACAGAGAACAAAUUAAUGGCAGUUUGUUGGCUCGUCUCAGAGAUGAAGAACUGUCUGCUGCUCCAUUCAGGGUUGAGAAUCCAUCACACAGACAAGUCAUACUGGAUGAAGUCCAAAAAAUCAAAGAGCUCAAAGUCAAACUGCCACAGAAUCUCUGGGAGUACAAGGCUACAAAUCUUGGAAAAGCCCUGUUUCUACAGUUUGGUCUGAGAGAAUUUCCACGUCUCACUUUUCUCUACUUGUACCUGUUUGAUUAUGAAGACACCUUUCUACCCUUCAUACACACCUGCUGCCCUGCACACACAAACAACGCAGUGCAAGAUGUCCCGCCUGACAACAUGCUGCAGGAGCCAAGCCGGCAUCAGUGGGUGGAGUUUCGGGUGAAGGUGUGUCUGUUGCCCUACAUGCUACUGGUUGACUUUGCCUGGAAAUGGCUGAGCGUUCAUUUCUGGAUAUCAUGGAUUGUCAUUGUUAAUGCUAUGUUAAUGACAAUAUUGGAGUUCUUUUUUAUCUGGACACUAUGGAGAAGAAGACAGAUGAGCACCCUCCCUAAGAUGUUUUUGUGGAGGAUGUCCAAUCUGUUGUUCUUUAUACUGCUGUGGCCUGUGCUCCCUCAGAUCUACUGUGACUUUGAAUUCUACGGUGGACUCUUUUUCAGCUCAAUCCUUUACAUCUGGGUUCGGAAACCUUUUUUUAAGCAGGCACAGCAAUGAAAACCAAUACAAGUUUCGAUUUUUUUUUUUUUUUUUCUUCACAGGUUUCAGCACUGUUUGAACUUGAAGGAAAUUAAUUAAUCAUAAUUAACAUUCCUUUUCUAGCAAGAUUAACCAUGGUUCUCUAAUAUUGCUCUCUAAUAUUGCUUUAAUACAACAGAUUAGUAAAAAAUAUGUGUAUUUAAUUAGAAUGUAGAAGUUUAAAAUGUUUAUUAUUUAUUUAGCACUUUACACAAUAAGUUAUUAGACAAUUUUUAGCAAAAUAACCAUUUACCUGAUGUCACUUUGUUAAUUUUCACAUAAUUAAUGUUUUUUGAAACUGAACCUACUUCGGCAAAUGCACAGUUUAAUUGAAUUUGUAAAUUAAUCAGUAAAAUUAAUCAUGUUUUUCAUUUAAGUACACAGAUGUAAAUGAUAAACACUUUGAAACUCUUUAUGUUUGCUGUUGUUUUUGUUGACUGUGCCGUAGCUUGUUUUGUGAUGUUCAGAAUUUCUCUAUUGUUUGUUCUGAAUAAUUAGUGUUUUAAACUUUAUCAGUGAAAUUAUAGUCAUAAAUAUUCUGCCAUGUUCUGAAUUUAAUCUGGUUCUUCUUAAAACACACAUUUUCAGUAGAACUCUAUUGUAAUUGUUGAUAAAUUUAGUAGAGAGUUAAUGUCUUUUAUCUUCAGUUGAUUUCAUCUAAGGCUGUGCGGCUAAAGUCAGAUACGAGCAUGGAAAUAAUGUUUACAAAAGUAUAUGACAGUAAAUAGGAUGAAUAUCAUUGCCACGGCAGGUUCGUUAUGUCCGUUGUACACACAAGCCUCACCUAAAGCAGAGAUAAAGUGACAUUUAGAUUGAGGGUGAAUAAAUAAUGACAGUGAUCUACAUUUUGAAGGUCAUGGCCAUAUUCUCUAAUGCUAGGCUGUUGAUGUUAUAACACUAUACAGAAAAUAUAGAAGACACUGACAUGGCAUAAAAUCUGUAAUUGUUUUUGCAAUAAAAACACCAUUAGUUUAUACUCACCAGGUGCAAAUAUUUAUAAAAUCAGCAGAAACAAAGCUUAGAGGGUUUCAGAUGCAAAGAA